AUGCAGCCUGGGGGAUUUCAGGGUUUGGAUCUGGAAGCUGUGCCAGACAACGCCGUUUGGAACGCCAGACUGGACGAGUUCCUCCGCAGUAGACGCCUUGCGGACCCGCCAGCAGAUCUCACUCCAUCCGUACUCCGCAGAAACACGGUGGUCCAGAGUAUUGCGGCCAACGCGAUGGAUAGAAGGGCGGAUGCUCAACCUUCUCCUCUCGUUCAAGCCGGCGACGUACGUAUGCAAGGCCUUCCACCGUCGCCAAUCAGCCGUCCUGUCGGCACCAGAACGCCGCCACUGCUCGACUUCGACGGCUUCUCGUGGCACCGCAAUUCAAACACGUCCGGGGCAUCGCUCUCCGCCGCAAUGGCACACCCCUUCGUGGGAGCGCUUCGAGACUUGCAGAGCCUCGCCAACGGUCAAGAAGCUGCCAACCAUUCCAUCGUUUCUGCGCCAACUUUCCCCGGAAACACCGGUUCCUGGGAACCAGUACCCGGUACGGACCAGCUGCGAGUCUCCCCGGGGCAUUCCCCCCGGUCACCCCGUGUGGGCCCCGACUUCCUGAUUGAAGCCGCAGCCGAGUAUCUAAGAGAGGACCGGGCAGAGAGGGACGAGAGUGCGGUUCAUACCGACCCUGGACCAGGCACCGGGCUCUCGCUCUUAUCGCCGUUCCCUUCAACCGACUUCCCAGGAAAGCAAACCACGGCGCGCGGCGGAGACGGAAAGACGGCGAAAGCAAAGCCCCUUCCGGCGACAGAGUCGCCUCGAGUCUCCAGCCUUACGUCCCUAUACCCAGUUACGCCCCCUGGAGGUGAAAACACGCCCCGAGACUCUCCAACCGACCGCGCUCCCCCAAAUCCGCUUCAGCAUAUUGAUCCACCGAGCGCGCAGAGCCCGAGUCUCCUCGACUACUACCGACUCCUCGCGAUGCGGCUGCCGAGCGACGCGCCCGCGCGGCUCGCGGCGGAGCUCCAGGAGCUAAACCCUCAAACCCUGCACUUCGCGAGCGACUUCUGGGCGCAGCUCGCCGCGGUGCGCGCGCUGCAGGCGCACGAUCCGCUCAGCGCGGUGGCGAGCUCGCAGUUCUCGGAGCCGUCGCUGCUCGCGCUGAGGAGCCUCCUCAACUUUCCGUACGGCCCGCCGGCGUAUGGACACGUGGCACACGACAAAGCGGCGUUGCGUCAGCAGCUCGCGCACCAGGAAGCCCUGGAGCGGCACCGUUUGGAUCUGAGAGCCUUCGAGCUGCAGAACCAAGAGAGAAGGUUGGCGGAGUUCUACAUCCCGCCCAGCUCUCCAUACGCCGGAAUAGGCCCCGGUGAUCUCGCUCCGUCCACCGAACGCGCGUUCUUUACCGACCGUCGAGCGGGACUCGCGCCCGAAUCGGAGAGCUUCGCCGGGCGGAAAGCCAACAAGCUGGCCCCACGAAAGGCCUCGUUUUCGCCGCGGCGCACUGACACCGACGCCGAAAGAGCGGGCCCCCAGCAGAGGAGUCCAGGUCAACCGUCGCCUUUGAGCGCCUCCUCACCAACCGGUGACGCAUUCCUCCAUAACCUGCUGACGUCACCGCCCCACUCGCCCCUGGGCCUAACGGGCGUCGCGCGCGCCGCCGAGUACGCGAGCCCCGUCGGUCGGGAUGCCGAGCACUUGCGAUACGCGUUAGCCGAUCCGGGCCGUUGGUUGGAGGAAGAGGCGGUCGAGAGGCCGACACGUGGCGGAAGGGAGGGCCCAAAGGCGUCCGCCGUGAUUGACCUGGGCGGGCGACGGAAGUCGAAGAGGGGCCACACGGAAGCGGAAGAGGAAGCGGAACAGACUGGGGUACCUCAGAGGGAAAGGCCAAGGAGGAAGUCCGCACGACUCUCUAAGAGCAGAACUGACGUUGAAGAGCAGCUGGGCUUGCCCUCCCGCUCCCGUUCCGCUGGCCCGGACCGGCUUCCGGUCCCCGCUCCGCUCCCAGCUUUUGACGCGCCUGCUGGGACUGAGUGGGUCGCGGGCAAAAGCAAGUACAUGCCUGCGCUUCUGCACAUCCUGGAGGAGAUCAAUCAGCUGGCUCUCGUCAGUCCGGAGAGAGCGGAAGCGGAACGGGCGGGUUUGAACAGGGAACUAGUAAUCAGGCGGAACGAACUUGAGAGUGAGCUUGAAGUGAGCGGGGCUGAUCGCCAGACGCUGGCAUCAGAGGCGGAAGAUCUGGAGGCUCUUCUGGUAGAGGUCCAGACAAAGAAGAUGGAGUACCUGCAUGAGAACGAUGUCCUGGGUGCCCAGUUCUCCGCGUCGCUCGGUGUCGCGCCCCAUGUGGCCGAGUCCUAUAUGAAAGGCCCCCGGGAGAUAGUCGCCGGGCGCUUUGAGGAGGUCGAGAGGUCACUCAGUGCCGACCUGGAGCGCGCCAGACGUCAGCUUGGCGUCAUGGCGAGGAGCCGUAGACCGGAGCGCAACGGGCCGAACAAGCUUGAUCUGAGACCACCCCUCGCGAUCGGCGCAUCUGGACCGGCAAAAGGAGGGAGAGAGAUGGCCCUCGCCGGCCCGGCGCGCCACAUGUCGGUGCGCGAGCUCAAGGAGCGCGCACGCGCCUUCGAGCGCGGUGGCGCGCGCGUGGGCAGCGGAGCGCGCGGCCUGUCGCGCACUGCCGUCUCCAUUUUGAGAGGCUGGCUGUUCGACCACUUUUUGCACCCCUACCCCAGCGACCAGGAAAAAGAGGCGCUCGCGGAAGCGACGAAUCUUCAGAGGGGACAGAUCGCCAACUGGUUCAUCAACGCGCGCGUGCGCGUGUGGAAGCCGAUGAUCGAGCAGAUGUACAAGGAGCAGAAAGAGAAAGAGGCCGCCGAACAGACUGGCGCAGGCCCCGACCAAGGUCCUGAUUCUGAAGAACAGCUGAGGCUGUUGGACGUGGGGCAAAGGAUGCGGAGCGAGGACGAGGACUUUCAGGAGAGCGGAGAGGAAGAAGAUUCUUUCGGGUCACCGGACGAGCUCGCGCACCCCCGCCGUAGGACAAAUUCCCCCGACGUAUCUGCUGGGCGACCAAUUACCCGAGCGGCCAGGCGGAAGGACCGCCGCCCAAGCGACCCAAGCGAGUUUCCGGGAGGUCCCUUCCCUGGGAUCUCUGAGCUUGAAGGGCCCGGUAAUGAGAUUCCGAGUACCAACGCGCCCUCGGGGUUAGCAGCAAAGCAGGCCUGGCCGGUCGAAGGACGGGGAGGAGAGUCGGAGUUCGCGGAAUCCGGUCAGGAGGCAGCGGAACCGGCACAGGAGAAUGCCGGGCACGGCUUCCUUGGGGAGUACGGAGGCGACGAACUCCUGGGGGACAUCCUGGAGCAGGUUCCAGCGGAAGCGGAAGACGCGCCAGCAUAUCCCGGAGGUGCGGAAACGGAACAUCUCCUGGAAGGAGGGCAGCACGACAGUGCGCGAGAGAAGCUCCCGGGUGAAGCGCCUAGAAGGGGGCGCGGGAAGGAGGGCGACCAAGGAGCUGGAAAGAAGGGAAGUGGUCGCCAGAUGGUCGGCUCCGUUGAGGAAUGUGAAUACGCACCUGGCGAUAGCGGCGUGAAUACUUUGAGUGAAGGUGGCGACCGGAGGGGCUUUGUAGGUGUCUGGGAUGAGGAACGCGGAGAAAGACAUAUGGAAAUAGAGGGCUCAGGGUCGCCCGCUGAACAACGGGGGACGUUCGGACGUCACGGUCAUUCACCGGAGUUCGUUGCGUGCCAAGAUCUGGACAUGGAGAAGGAGGCGCCGGAGCUGCCCCGCCUUAGCGAAAAGAGAGGGAGAUUUGCGUAA